CCCUGCACUCCUCAUCUCAAUAUUUCGGGGACUUCCAACAAUCAGUCACCCGCGAUUAGGUUGCUCACAAAAAUCAAUCUGAUGCAUCUAUCCAAGUCUGCGAUGACGGACCGAUGAAGUAAAAACGAGUCAGAGUACGAGCUGAGAACCUGUUUUGCAAAAUCGAUGCAGGUGUUCUUAACUAACCAAAUUGCGAAUGAAGCCUUUGAGCUUGAGCUGUGAAAAUCUCACUCGAUUUUCACAGAAUUCAAUUGGACUCACCAGUCAAGUAAUCGGGGAAUUGAGAACGAGGCAUGGCGUGUCGGAGGCAGAGUCCUAGCAAAGCGGAGCCAGGAGGAGGGAGACGAUCCAUCAACGCCGCUCUCGCGCCUACCGAUUAAACGCCAAUAGGGGUUUGUGUUUUCGGAGGGUGUCGUGUGUGGUGGAGGAUUGGCGUUGAGCGAUUGAAUACCUGAGGGGAAUCGGAGAAGUAGAGUUGGUGUUGUCCUCUGGCAGAAGUUCUACUUUGAUGCAACUGUGGAGCCAUGGACUCGAACUAUAGCCAGGAGUAUGGUCACUCGAAGCGAAUUUCGGUGUCUUCCCAAGGCCUGAAGCGAAAGCCAAGCUCGACUCUGAGAGGAGUGGAGCAAUUAGAUACUCCUCUUACCACAGAGGAAUCCCCCGCAAACUCAAACAGAUUACGAGCUCCUACACGUACUGGUGAUGAGUCAUGGACAGAAGAGUCUGUUUGGAAAGUUUGCUUGGCUGCGCGCAUAUGCAACUCCCUUAUGGUUCAAACAUAUUUCAAUCCAGAUGAGCAUUGGCAGGCGCUGGAAGUCGCUCAUCGUACUGUGUUUGGGUCAUUAUCUUACGUUGGCAAGUGGAUUGUACAUCAGGUAUGGACAUCUGACGUGGGAGUGGCAACUAGGACUUCGGAGUUAUGUUCAUCCAUUGAUUUUUGCAGUUCUUUACAGGAUACUGGCUGUGCUUCGCCUCGACAAUUCCUGACGAGAACCCCCCGGUUGUUUCAAUCAGUCUUUGCUGGAGUUGGGGAUGUAUACUUGUACAAACUUUCUUAUCGCCUCUUUGGUGAAAGAGUCGCUCAAUGGGCUCUCUUUUGUCAGCUAUUGAAUUGGUUCAACUUCUUUUGUAUGCCCCGCACAUUUUCAAACUGCAUGGAGACGGUGCUGACAACAAUAGCCCUCUACUAUUGGUGGCCAUCUUCUGCAACAAGGUCACGAGUAGGCUUUUUGACUUCACGGCAGCUGGGAAUUCUCUCAGCAGGUUUGUCGUGUGUAAUGCGACCUACAAGUCUAAUAAUCUGGCUUUACGUUGGAAUAGCUCACUUGCUAGAAACGAUUACUAAACGGCAGUACAUAUUUGAAGAAGUUUUGCCAAUUGGAGCGCUUUGCCUUGGAUUGAUGACUGUUGUGGACCGCAUUAUGUAUGGCGAGUGGACCUUUGUGAUAGUUAACUUUUUAAAAUUCAAUUUUCUGUCUGCUGGAGGAUCGUUCUACGGAACUCAUCCAUGGCAUUGGUAUUUUUCACAAGGGUUGCCAUUCAUGGCAUUCACAUUUCUUCCUCUGUCUUUGGCGGGGAUCUGGUGGUCUCAGCAAUGGAAGUUGUGUGGCUUGAUUGCGUGGGUGUUGGGUAUCUACAGCACUUUGGGUCACAAAGAGUUCAGGUUCAUAUUGCCAAUUCUACCUCUGGUGAUGAUGUUUGCUGGAUACGCAAUUGCUAUACUGGAGCAGAAGUGGACUCGGGAAAAUGAUUCAUCUACACAUGCUUAUGGUUCACGUGCACCUGGAUUUUGGGCUAGAAUGACCUCUGGAGUAAAUCGUCUGAAGGGAAAUUCAAUUGAAACUCGGAAUGGAGAGAAGAAAGUUUGGGCAGUAUUUAUGUUGUUACUUCUGACUAAUUUACCAGCAGCUCUUUAUACUUCUCUUGUUCACCAGAGAGGAAGCGAAGCGGUGAUGAAGUAUUUAGCAAGCGAAGCUCAAGCAGGGCGAGCUGAACGUGUGUUAUUUUUAAUGCCUUGUCAUGCAACCCCUUAUUAUUCUUCCCUGCACAAGGAUAUUCCAAUGCGUUUCCUGGACUGUUCCCCUAGUGAUAAGCCCGGUUAUGUGGACGAGGCAGAUCAAUUCAAGGCUCAUCCUCUUAGUUUCUUAUACUCCAUGUUCAGUAGCUUGAAUCUGGAGGUUCUUCCUAGUCAUAUUGUGCUUUUUGAUUCAAUGGAGAAGCAUAUAAGCGCGUUCUUUCAGGCGGAAGGUUAUGUACUGGACAACAGAAUUUUCCAUUCACAUUUUCCCGUCGAUCGUGAACUUCAGGGUUAUGUGCUCGUCUUCAAACGAACUCCAAAGACUCCUUCUGAUCACACAAGAGAACCAUCAUCUUCAUUGUUCCCUUGAUGAUGCAGAGUACUUUGUGUGUAACCAUACUUCUCUGCCCGACCAAAAAAAUCCAGUGAACUGGUAUUGUAUUGUUGCAGCCGCUUAUAAUCUCAAGGUAUAUUUGCCCCAAUUUUCUUACCAUAGGAGAGCUUUCUUAUAUACCAUUGCAAGAUAAUCUCGUUCCCUAUUGAUGGUGCUUAUGUCAGGCUUCAACAGUCGCAGUUUCUCAUUGGUAUGGAGCACAUCGAAACUUUGGAGCAUGAUUCCACUUCAGCUUGUGUAUCCACCUAUAUUAACAUUCGUAGCAGGAUCAUCACAGGUACACAACAGGAGCAGUACAGUCUCAGAGAUGCGGUUAACCUCCCUAGAGACUCCUGAAUUGAUUAUCUCCCCAAUUUCUUUGAUGGAGAAAGCUUUAUUGAAAGAGAUCGCUUGUGGGGACAUGAUGCUAGAAUCAUAUUUAAAAUGCAGCAGAUUAGAACUUCUUAUUUAAUUCACUGUAUCGCGUCCCACUGGUGGCCAUGGAAGCUAUUCAUGCGUAUGUUUAUGAGGUUUGGCUAGAUGAAGCACGAUUAAGUGCUCAAAUGACAAGAAAAGGAUUUUCUGAACGUAACAGUAAAAGCAAGAUAUUACUGUGUUGGACUGGUGCUCAGGAACCGCCGAACAGAGGAUGGUAAAACUCACAUCCUUCAACCAGCCACUAGUUGUGAUCAAGACCCCUCCUGUUCAGUUUCAAGUACACCCUGAACGAAGUCGUAUGAAAUUGGAAACGGCGUUGAAGGAUAGGAAAUUUUGCUCAAUGCUUCGCGAAAAGGGCUAGUUCCGCAAUGUACGUCAAUCACAACCCUCCGUCACGCAUCACUUGGUGGUUGGUAUUUCACCAACGAGGAAAAUUGGUCGUGGUUUUCAUUUCUAAGAAAAGACAUUUUCCAUUAUCA